UGAACAAGUUCUGUAAAACAAUGGAGUCGUUAUCGUCCAAAAACAAAUUGCACCAUAAUUAUCAACGAUCCGUUUCACCAUCGGGUCGGUUCUGUUCUUCCACUAUAUCUUCCUCCACCUUCUCUACUCAAACCUCCGAUUGGUUAACCCGAUCCACCUCUCCAACCCGAGUUAAUCUCCGUCGAUCAGUAUCCCCUUCCCCGUCUGUACGAUUUUCCAGCUCUCCUAACCGUUCAAUUUCAGUUUUCCCUCGUAAGCCGCAGCAGAAUAGUCAUCCAUUACCUUCCGCUUCCAAUCAGAAGAAGCACUGCACGUGUUCGCCGACGACACAUCCAGGUUCAUUCCGUUGUAGCCUUCACAAACAUACUCCUAAUCGGAGUCGCGGUCAAUCGUAUUACUCGAGUCAUCAAUUGAAUAUGAGGAGAUCAGCGAUGACGAAUUCGCUUGUUCGAAUUGGAACUGUGGAAGGUGAAUUGGUGAAGAGAGCACUUGCUGCUUUGAUUCGACCGUCUUCUCAUCAACUCAGGCGUAGAUGUGAUUUUCAGCCUAAGCCUAGUAGGCUCUCCGUCAUGUCAAAGGCCGAAGUUUAGACUUGUGAUGUACAGUUACUGUAGACUAGUUGGGUUGAUUUGCCCCUUUUUUGUUCUUGUUACUUACAGAACCAUAAUUUUGUACUAUUCGAUUGAAUGUGAAUAGGAAACAAAUUUAGUAUA